AUAUAUUAUACCGAUGUCGAAGUUCGCGAGUGGCGAUACUUUGGUCCCUUCAGUGCUGGCGGUUCUACUUUUGGAUAGUGAAGGGAAUCGCAUCAUCGCCAAGUAUUACCAGGGUUUUCUUGGAACGGGACUAGAGAAGUCGAAAUUUGAAGCGAAACUUUUCAAAAAAACAAAGAAUACGAAUACCGCAAGAAGUGAUGCCGACGUGAUCAUGCUCGAUAACACUAUCGCAAUAUUCAGAUGUGGUGCGGACACACGUUUUUAUGUUCUUGGAUCCGCAGAAGAGAAUGAAAUUAUUUUGAAUUUGGUUCUUGAUGGUCUCUUUGAGGCUCUAAAUACUCUCCUUCGUGGACAACUUGAGAGCAGAGCUCUCCUAGAAAAUCUCGAAACUGUAAUGUUGGCUGUUGAUGAACUUGUUGAUGGCGGGAUGAUUCUCGAGACAGAUCCGCAGUCCAUCACCAGCCGCGUACUGAUGCGUGGCGUUGAGGGAACACAGCCAAUCACCGAUAUGUCUAUGUCUCAAGCGAUUGCUACGGCUAAAGACCAACUAUUCAAGAGUGAGUAUUUGCGCCCUCAUACAGGUGCCUUGAACCCGCCCCCCUUGCAGGUAUGAAUUGAUAAGCCUGGUCCCUGCUGUCCAAACUAGAACCAAGCUGUGCGCCAGCCGAGUGGCCAUUUGUACUUAGCUGAGUGGCAAU